CAGAGCAGCGCGGCUGCCACGGGGAGCGGAGCGGUGCCGGGCUCCGCGCACCGCGCUCCCCCAGCCCGCCCCGGCCCCGCUCGCCAUGGCGGCGGCCGUGGACGAGAGCGCCCUGCCCUCGAUCUCCACUUUUGCCAACUUGAUGCCGCUAGAGGAGCGGCCCGCCGACAUGCUCCACAGGAUGCUGCAGCAGGAUGGCCCCGCUGCCGUCAAGCGGGAGGAGGACGACUUGGGCAAGUUCGUGGACUUGGACUUCAUCCUGGCGCACACCAGCAGUGGCGGGCAGGGGCCGACCGGCCCCAACUACCCCCUGCCCGAGACCCCCGAGAGCUGUGGCACCACCUACGACAGCGACGGCUCGUACUCCACGCCGGGCAAAUUCCCGGCGCCUUACCCCGAGGGCCAGGGCCACAGCUACGUGGCUGAGCUGCUCACCCCGGACCUGCCCGGCCACUACGACCUGCAGCGGAGGGAGUACACGGAGCUGCGGGUGCCCGGCGGCCCCCACCACCACCCUCACCCCCAUCACCACCCGCCCCUCCACCCGGCCCUAGCCCGCCCACUGCCCCUGGACCCCGCGCAGUCCUUCGGGCCCCGCAUCAAGAAGGAGCAGCCGGAGGAGCGCGCCUGCAUGCUGGGGAUGCCCGCCGCCGAGUACCUGGGGCCGGGCGGCGGCGAGCACAAGCCACGCGUGGCGCCGGGUCCCGGGCCGGGACCGGUGCCGGGGCCGCCGCUGCCCUACCCGGGCUUCCCCCACGGCCGCUUGGGGCCCCCUGAGGAGCCGCUGCCUGGCGCCGAUCCCCACCUCUUGGCCGACCUGCCGCCCCACUACGCCGUGGCCCCGCACCGCUAUGCGCCCCACUUCGCCCCCCAGCCGCCACCGCAGUUUCAUGGACAUUUCAGUGUUUUCAGGGAGCCCCUGAAGGGGCCGGGCCCGGGCCCGGCCGGGCUGCCCGGGCUGCUGGUCACGCCGCCCAACUCCCCGGUGCUGGAGUACUUCCCGGCCGGGGCUCCCCCCGAGGACUGCAAGCCCAAGCGCGGCCGCCGCUCCUGGGCGCGCAAGCGAACGGCCACGCACAACUGUGAAUACCCGGGCUGCGGCAAGACCUACACCAAGAGCUCGCACCUCAAGGCGCACAUGCGAACCCACACGGGUAAGGGCGGCCGGGGCGGGGGCACGCACAGAGGGUCCCGGUGGCGGUGCCGCGGCACGUGGCGAGAAGCCCUACCACUGCACCUGGGAAGGAUGUGGCUGGAAGUUUGCCCGCUCCGAUGAGCUGACCCGCCACUACCGCAAGCACACGGGGCACCGGCCGUUCCAGUGCCACCUCUGCGAGAGGGCUUUCUCCCGCUCCGACCACCUCGCUCUCCACAUGAAGCGGCACAUGUGAGCAGCGGCUGCGGCCGGACUCGACGUCCCCGGAGCCAGCUCACGGUGUAAAUAGUGUCGGGCCAGGGGUGGCAGUGGGGAGCAGCCUGGCCACCCAGCCCCCUCCGCUUGUAGUUGAUAACUAGUUUUCUCCUCCUGCUCCUGUGAGAGCUGGCCCAGCCAAGUGGUGGGGAAGGGCUGCUUUGGGGAUGUAUGUGGGGAGCAAAACUGCAAGGAACAUCUGCUCAGUCAUCACCACUCAGCUCCUCAUGCCUGGAGGGUUCCCCCCAGCCAGGUACCCAGUGAGUGGGGGAGCUGGUGCAUAAGGGAUCUGUCCCCAGAAUUCCUGGCUUGUAUUUGGCAUCAGCUUAACCUUCUUCCCCCAGAUUCUGGCACCCCCCUGGCACUAGGGGCUGUGGUGGCUGACUCUGGCUGCUUUUUGGCUGCAGAGCCAUGCCAUUUGGGCACGUUGGUUGUGAUGCUGGGAAAUGGGUUGCUGGUUGUCUCGGUUGUGAUCAUCAGAACAAACCUCCUGACCCAAAGCCCAGAGUGGAUGGGACGAGGGUGGGAUUUGACUGGCUCAUGGCUAUAAAGGUUUGCAGGAGUUGGCAGCACAGUGUCACCUUGCACAGAGGACAGGGAUGCUCCUGUCACCAGCCUGGGACCCCACUGGGCAGUCCAGCCCUGGCCAUUCCCAGUUUUCCACUCAAGAGCCUAAAAUGUCUCUCCUGGCUCUUGUCUGCUUUAUUUUGUCUUGUUCUUCCCCUCAGGAUGACACCAGGUACUGCUGCAGCUGCCUUCCCCAUGCUGCUUUUUAAAAUUUAGUAUGUAAAGGACAGUGAGUCCAGCUAUGAAUGCCCAGGUCUCUGCUAUACUUGAAAUUUUUGUAGAGGGGGGGGACAAAAAAGAAAGCUCAAAAGAAAAUGAGUCUUUUUAUGUGCAGCUUCUGCAAAGCAAGUUGUAAAUUAAACAAAGCAGUAAUAUAUAAUGUUUCUGGUUUUUUUUAAUAUAUUUUCUUCCAGCUGGGAACACCAAUGAGUCUCAGCUUUGGGAAGUGCACUGUUCCCGUCUGUGUAUAUUGUUAAUUAACAUUUCUCUGCUUGGGCACGUUAGGUCUCUUGCACUCUGAAAUGUUACUUUUCUUUAUAUGCAAACUGUUGAAAUAUUGUGAUCUGCUGUAUAAUAAAUAAACAAGAUGUAAACAUGAAA